UGCCAGAGCCGGAGCCGCGGCCAGUGACCUUGCUAAGCAGAGCGGGUUGCGUCUGCCGCCGCUAUCACCGGGGAAGCUGGGUGGGGAGACGGCCGAGAUGGUGGAGGACGGCGGCGAGGAAGAGGCAGAGGGGGAGAGCGGGGAGAUGCCGCCGCCGCUGCCGCCGGCGGCCGCCGCCGUGCCCCCGCUGCAGCGCCACAACGGCUUCCUCCCGGGCAAGGAGGCGGCGGGCGGCGGGGAGCGGGCGGCGGCGGAGGCCGAGGCCAUGCUGUCGGCGGCGGGCGGGCCGCCUGAGACGCGGCUGUCGCGGCGGCGGCUGGCGGUGCUGGCCGUCUUCAGCUGCUACUCCCUAGUGAACGCCUUCCAAUGGAUCCAGUACAGCAUCCUCAGCAACGUCUUCGCCGGCUUCUACGGCGUCUCCUUCACGCAGAUCGACUGGCUCUCCAUGGUCUACAUGGUGGCCUACGUGCCGCUGAUCCUGCCCGCCACCUGGCUGCUGGAUGCCCGCGGCCUGCGCCUCACCGCCCUCCUGGGCUCCGGCCUCAAUGGCCUCGGCGCCUGGCUCAAGUGUGGCAGCCUGGCCCCCGGCCGCUACCCGCUCACGCUGGCGGCUCAGGCCGUCUGCGCCGUCGCCCAGGUCUUCAUCCUGGGGCUGCCCUCCCGCGUCGCCUCCGUAUGGUUCGGCCCCACCGAGGUCUCCACUGCCUGCGCCGUGGCCGUGCUGGGCAACCAGCUUGGCACUGCAAUUGGCUUUUUGUUGCCACCUGUUUUGGUUCCAAAUACACCUAAUGAUAUCGAUCUAAUGGCACAUAACAUCAGCAUCAUGUUCUAUGGAACAGCGAUAGUGUCCACACUUUUGUUCUUCUUAACAGGCGUUGUGUUUGAAGAAAAGCCCAAAUACCCUCCCAGUCAUUCUCAAGCAGUCCUGCAAGCUAUGCCUCAUGAGGAUUACUCAUACAAGCAGUCGAUUAUUAACUUGUUCAAAAAUACUCCGUUUGUACUUUUGCUGAUCAGUUAUGGUAUUAUGACUGGGGCAUUUUACUCUGUUUCCACGUUGUUAAACCAGAUGAUAGUAACUCAUUAUGAGGGAGAAGAAGUGAACGCUGGGAGAAUUGGCUUGACACUGGUGGUGGCAGGAAUGGUGGGUUCGAUUAUUUGUGGUUUGUGGCUGGAUUACACUAAAACAUACAAGCAAACUACUUUGAUUGUUUACAUUCUCUCUUUCAUUGGGUUGCUGGUAUUUACUUUCACCCUGGACCUCGGACACCUUAUAGUAGUGUUCGUGACUGGAGGAGUACUUGGGUUCUUUAUGACUGGCUAUCUCCCACUUGGGUUUGAAUUUGCUGUGGAAAUUACAUACCCAGAGUCUGAAGGCACUUCCUCAGGCCUCCUUAAUGCAUCAGCACAGAUAUUUGGAAUUGUCUUUACACUUGUUCAAGGAAAACUGACAACAGACUACAGUCCUCGGGCAGGAAACCUCUUUCUUUGUGCUUGGAUUUUUGUGGGAAUUAUCUUAACAGCCUUAAUAAAAUCAGAUUUGCGAAGGCACAAUGUGAAUUCAGGGAUUAGGAAUCUGAAUGUUAAAGCUGUACCAGUUGACAGUCCUGUAGAACCUGAAAGUACUACAUUAAAAAUUCAGUCGACUCUAUAAAGCUGCAAGGAGGUGACAUGGAAGCGCACAAGUUUGGCUGGAUACCAAACGAUGUUAAUUAGUGUGUUCAUUCAGUUUGCGUGUAUGAGUAGUAAAAUGUGUUUGGUGACGCUGGUGAUAGUUGUGUGGUAGAAACUUUGCAGACGCUCAGUUAAUUUUUCCCGAGACGCGAACAAUUCACCCCGGCACGGAGUAUUUAUUUUAACAGGUUUAAAGUGUGGCAGUGUGGUUAGCCCAGAGCUGUGUGAAUACUCUCCACGCUAGGGAGACUUUCUACAUUUAGGAUGCAUACUUGGAAAGAAAUCUGGAAAAGCUGAAGUACGGUCGUCGUGAUGAGAAGUCUCUAAUCGUGUUGUUCAGUCUUUGCUAGUGCAUUUGAAGAGUCAGAGUGGGGAGCUGCACAGCUGGAGGACGUUCACAACUUCCUUUUUAAUUUUAUUUUAUUUUUUAAACUUACCUGUAUUUUUAAUAUAAGCCAACGGUUCCUUCUGGGAAACGGCCUAUAGCACAAUACUGAAAACAAGAGAUGACUGCAAACGUGUAUUUCAUACUGGCAUCUGACAUUUCUUUUGCCUUGAGACUUCUUGAUAGAUAUCAGAAGGCAGAUAAGAGAAAACACAGUCUUGCAGAUUCGUUAUAACAUUUCCACUAGAUAAAUUGAAGAAAAAUCACUUACUAAAUACAGUAAAAAGGAAGAGAAAGGCCUUUGAUAUCUCUACUGUGAAGUAUUUAUAGGCGAUGGAACACUACCACACAGGUUGCCUCCAUGGAAUAUUUUGAGUGCUUUCUCAGUUAAAGCGAGAAGAGUACGUGUUUACAAAGAGCUGGUGCCUUUACUUUGUAAAGAAGAUCCUUGCCUCAUCUUGAGUUUAAUCAGUGCUGCUGAAGAAAUUCCAUUUUGUGUGUUAAACCUCCUCUGAAUAUUUGUGGCGUAUCAGCAAAUUUGUUCUAUCCUUUUCUGCAUUUGUUACGCCGCAUUAUGAAUUGUAUAAUUUGUGUUGUGACAUUUUUGUGCGUGUGUAACUUAGAUCAUUACUUUUGCAGUUUGUUAAAAGAUGUAAGGAUGACUGAAAGGAAAAUAGUGCUGCCUCACCAUGAUGAAAUAUUUGCUGGUUAUAUGUAUCUUAGCUACAAAAGGAGCAGACUUGAUUAGAAUUCCCCUUGUGGUGUUAUAUUUUUCUGAAUUUGGGAUGUGAAUAUCUCACUGCACCACUUCUGAAGAUAUUCUCCUUGUGCUCUAUCUGGCCACCUACAUAAUUGAUAACGCUACAACAGUACCUUUUCAAUAUUAGUGGAAAAAGUCUGACUUCAGUUAGCAGAAUUUUUCCAAACAUUUAAGCUUCAGCAGUCUUUAAGCUGAGCCUUAUAGCUUCAGUGCCAUCAGUGAGGUUGUCACUUUGAGUUCCCACAGAUCUGUGGGAUCAAGAACGUGGAAUCCUACUUGAAGUUUUCCAUGGAUUGUUACAGUUGGGUAUAGAGACAUUUUUAUCCCAAGAUGGUCUUUUAGUAUGAUAGGUAUUGUUAAAUACUCUUUUUCUUUCUUCACUGUAGAUGUAGAGAGUCCUUUUGUGUAAAAAGGAUCCUAUAAAUUUAGCUUUCUAAACUCAACCUCUAAACUUGAUGAUCUUGAUUUAACAAUUUCUAUGAUAAAGGCAUGCUUUAGACAUGGGAGGACUGUAUGACAAUGUACACAUCAGAAUAAUAUAACCAUGCUCGGAACACUUGCUUUUCCAAAAAGGGUCCAUGUCUCUUCGCCUGGUCCAGUGCUAGAGAGAAAAUAUGCAUGGCUUGCUGCUCCUGGAGAGACGUGCUCCGCGAGAAGAGUCCUCUGGUGAGGUUGCUGAAUACAGGAAAAGUAACUCUCAGAUAUUCAAGUGGCAAGCAAGAACGUAGGAGUGGAAGCAGAGGUGCUUUCAUGAUGUCAGUUUGUUAGCUUUAAUGACUUGCUGUGAUACAAGCUGCCUCGUCAAAGGAUGUAUAUGUUUUCAGCCUGAGUGAGGAAGUCAAAGUUCCUGCCUUUUGAUAUCUGUGGGUGGCUUUUCCCUUUGGCAAAUUAAUCACAAUGUGUGCCAAAAUACAUGUGUUCCUCGACAAGGUACGGAUUCAGUACAUAUUUGUGUUCAUGGUCCCUGGUACUUUAGCUGUUGCAAAAUUUUAACAAUGUAAUACUUCUUCAGUUUUGGGGAAGUGUUUGCAGAUGUCCAGCAGAAAGUCUGUGGCAGUAUCCAGAAUGUGUUCUGAGAUGUCCAGUACACACUAUUCAAAUUCAAAGACUGAACUUUUUCCUUUCUUUUUAAAAUGUGGGGUUUAAUUCCUUUCUUCACUUCUAGAUUCCAGUUUCUCUAGCUAUCUUCAGCUGCUUGUUGAUAAAAACAUUCUAGCCCUUCUGGCUCCUUGUGUGGUUUUUUCCUGCCUUUUGCCAAAUUAUUGUCUACCCUCUGAAAAGGCCCAAGUAAGAUUUUGGCAUUCUGGAAACCCUGCUGGGUCCCUGAAAAGAAAAUAUUCCUAAUAAUGAAGGCUUAAUUACAUCCUGGAUUUAGUACUCUCCCUCUGAAAGGAAACAAAGUUGGAAAUGUGUAAGCUAUUUCCAGGCAAUGAUAAGGUAUUUAAAUAAAACAGCGGCAAAAAAAAGGGCAAAUAGAGAACAAACCAGUAUUUUAUGCAACGAUCUUAUCUGUCUGUCAAGAAACUGAAUUUCUAGCUCGUGUUAGAAGUAGAUUUGCUGAAAGAGAGAAUCAUUUAAUGAAUGGAAUUACAUGCGAGCUGUGAGAGGAUGGAGCAGGAAACAAAAUUAGCAGAGGUAUCCCAAUCCCUUGCAUCAGCUUUUUCUUUUCAGUAUGCUUUUCUUGUAAGUGCUUCAAGGGAAUUCUAGGGGAUGCUAAGAGAACUCAUGUAAUGGUGAGCAUAAGCAAGGAGGCUGCCCCCAAGUUCCCAGAAGCCCGAAAAGGUAUGUAAUUGUGAACGUUCGGCUACGACAUUCAGAGAUUAGCCUUUAAAUGAUCCGUCUUUCUUUGUUUCUUGCAGACCAUCUUAAACUUUUGCUAACUUCAUUGGGAGAGAUCCAGAGAAUGUUGACCCAUUCUGAUUUAGAAUUGCUAAAAUGGCCUUAAAACCCUAAUUUCUGUUGGAUGGAUAUGAAGAUAUCAGACCUGUAAGGCAUAGUCUGGAAUUGCUGAAAUCAGGAGCUUUCUUCAGCACGUAUUUAUUUUGGAGAUGAAUGCUUGUCUUUAACAUCUCUUUUUGUUGCUGAAUGCGUAUGUUUUACAAGGAAGAAAGAACAAGGCAAGAAGCAGGAAGAAUACAGGCGAAUAAUUUCAGGUUGAUAGGCUUUUCUUCAUCCUCUUGGUCAUUUCUUUUGUUCAAGAUGUUGUUUGACAACAUCUCUUGUUUCAGAGACGAUCGCUGGAGUGUGUAAUUUGAGCUGGCAGCCAAUGUUGUCUAAUGAAAAAUUGCUUUUUGUGGAAUCUUUGAAAUAUCUUGUGCAUCUACAACCAAGUGAAAUUGGGUUAAUCUGUAAGCAUUUAUUGCUUUAAUUUUCCAUUCUGUGUACUCAUCAGUUUUCCUGUGUGAAUGCGUGUGACCUUUUCAGUUGCUGUCUUUCAAUGUGUAUGUACCACCUUCUUAAGCGUAAUAGACUACUACUGAUUCAUAGACCACAAGCUAAGUUAUUGUAUCCCAUGUGAUUUCCCCCUCCACACACCAUUUGGUCUGAGGUCUUGUGAAGAGGGAGAAGUGACGUGAAGACAUGGACUAGAAUGAAUUAUGCAAAAAAUAUUUCUGAGAGAAAUAUAUUUCUAUGUAAGACCCAUGUUGUUUACUGCUCGUGUCUUUGUUCUUCUCAUGAAGAUAGCAAAUAAUUUUUCUUUCUGUAAUAUUUUGGUUUUGUUAGAGUCCCAUUUUUUUGUUUCAAGAAAAAAAUAAAUCUUUUUUGGUGAAUAUUA